AAAUCACGUUUGAGUGUCUCUCUAUAAUCCACGUCACAUUUAUUAAGAAAGUUUCCAGAAUUUUCCAAUAUAGGUACUUAGUCGUACAAAUUAAUCAAUUCAUCAACCAACCCCACGCGCAUUUAAUCUAUAUAAAUACCUUACUCUAAAUGCAUCCUUCAAAUUUUAGCAUCUUUUGGAGCUAAAAAAGAAAACUUAUCAUUUUUUUUUCUUCUGAGUUCUCAUAUCAUAAGAAAUAUAUUAAUUUGAUUGCUACGAUUUUAUCUAUAUAUACACAUAUAAACGUGCUUCAAUUCCUAUGCAAAAAAAACCGUGCUUCAAUUCCUAUGCAAAAAAAACUGUAUUACUUGUGUUAUGGUUGUUAUGGACAAGGUAAGUCAAUAUGAACGUGUGUUCAACCGCUUUGAUGAAAAUGGAGACGGCAAGAUAUCACCGGCUGAGCUGCGGCAGUGCGUGGAAGCCAUCGGCGGCGAGAAGCUAUCGGCUGCGGAUGCGGAGGUGGCGGUGGCAAAUUUGGAUUCGGGUGGUGAUGGACUAUUGGGAUUUGAUGAUUUUGUGAAGUUUUUGGAUGGAGUAAAAGAGGAAGAUAAGGUGAAUGAUUUAAAAGAGGCUUUUAAGCUGUAUGAUCCGGAUGGAAGUGGUUGUAUAACUCCUAGGAGUCUUGAGAAAAUGCUUAGUAAGUUAGGUGAUUCUAGAAGUUUAGAUGAAUGUCAACUUAUGAUUUCUAAGUUUGAUCUAGAUGGGGAUGGGAAAAUCAGUUUUGAGGAGUUUAAGGUCAUGAUGUUGUAAAUGUUUGUGUCUGUUCAUAUUCUUUGAGGUGUUUGUUUUGAUUCUGGGAUUACGAUGAGUAUGUAAACUGAUCCGCGGAUCGGUCAAUUUUGUCUUUUCCAAAAGGUCGUAAAAAGGUAAAGACAUUUUUGCCAUUUUAUAUAA